AGCGCCUUGUCAAUUCGGCUGCUCAGACUUGCUCCGGCCUCCGCGUCCGCGCCCAGCGACGUGCGGGCGGCCUGGCCCGCGCCCUCCCGCGCCCGGCCUGCGUCCCGCGCCCUGCGCCACCGCCGCCGAGCCGCCGCCAGCCGCGCGCCCCCGGCAGCGCCGGCCCCAUGCCCGCCGGCCGCCGGGGCCCCGCCGCCCAAUCCGCGCGGCGGCCGCCGCCGUUGCUGCCCCUGCUGCUGCUCUGCGUCCUCGGGGCGCCGCAAGCCGGAUCAGGAGCCCACACAGCUGUGAUCAGCCCCCAGGAUCCCACGCUUCUCAUUGGCUCCUCCUUGCUGGCCACCUGCUCAGUGCACGGAGACCCACCAGGAGCCACCGCCGAGGGCCUCUACUGGACCCUCAACGGGCGCCGCCUGCCCCCUGAGCUCUCCCGUGUGCUCAACGCCUCCACCUUGGCACUGGCCCUGGCCAACCUCAACGGGUCCAGGCAGCAGUCAGGGGACAACCUCGUGUGCCACGCCCGUGACGGCAGCAUCCUGGCUGGCUCCUGCCUCUAUGUUGGCCUGCCCCCAGAGAAACCCGUCAACAUCAGCUGCUGGUCCAAGAACAUGAAGGACUUGACCUGCCGCUGGACGCCAGGGGCCCACGGGGAGACCUUCCUUCACACCAACUACUCCCUCAAGUACAAGCUUAGGUGGUAUGGGCAGGACAACACAUGUGAGGAGUACCACACAGUGGGGCCCCACUCCUGCCACAUCCCCAAGGACCUGGCUCUCUUUACGCCCUAUGAGAUCUGGGUGGAGGCCACCAACCGCCUGGGCUCUGCCCGCUCCGAUGUGCUCACGCUGGAUAUCCUGGAUGUGGUGACCACGGACCCCCCGCCCGACGUGCACGUGAGCCGCGUCGGGGGCCUGGAGGACCAGCUGAGCGUGCGCUGGGUGUCGCCACCCGCCCUGAAGGAUUUCCUCUUUCAAGCCAAAUACCAGAUCCGCUACCGAGUGGAGGAUAGUGUGGACUGGAAGGUGGUGGACGAUGUGAGCAACCAGACCUCCUGCCGCCUGGCCGGCCUGAAACCCGGCACCGUGUACUUCGUGCAAGUGCGCUGCAACCCCUUUGGCAUCUAUGGUUCCAAGAAAGCUGGGAUCUGGAGUGAGUGGAGCCACCCCACAGCCGCCUCCACUCCCCGCAGUGAGCGCCCGGGCCCGGGCGGCGGGGCGUGCGAGCCGCGGGGCGGAGAGCCGAGCUCGGGGCCCGUGCGGCGCGAGCUCAAGCAGUUCCUGGGCUGGCUCAAGAAGCACGCGUAUUGCUCCAACCUCAGCUUCCGCCUCUACGACCAGUGGCGAGCCUGGAUGCAGAAGUCGCACAAGACCCGCAACCAGCACAGGACGAGGGGAUCCUGCCCUCGGGCAGACGGGGCACGGCGAGAGGUCCUGCCAGAUAAGCUCUAGGGGCUCAGGCCACCCUCCCUGCCACGUGGAGACGCAGAGGCCGAACCCAAACUGGGGCCACCUCUGUACCCUCACUUCAGGGUACCUGAGCCACCCUCAGCAGGAGCUGGGGUGGCCACUGAGCUCCGACGGCCAUAACAGCUCUGACUCCCACGUGAGGCCACCUUUGGGUGCACCCCAGUGGGUGUGUGUGUGUGUGUGAGGGUUGGUUGAGUUGCCUAGAACCCCUGCCAGGGCUGGGGGUGAGGAGUCAUUACUCCCCACUACCUGGGGCCCCUCCAAAAGAGUCCUUUUAAAUAAAUGAGCUAUUUAGGUGC